CGCCCCGCACCGACCGCCCCGCUCCGCCCGCACCGCCCCGACCGCUCCGCUCCCCGCCCUCCACACAUCGACCGCUCCUGUCCCCUCCCGCUCCGACCGCACCGACCGCAGGCACCGCACCGCUCCCGCCCCGCCGCCCCGGCUGGGAGCCCCUGGCCCACCAUGACGUUCAAACAGGCGUCCAUGAUGGCCCCGGAGGCCGCGGCCACCACGAUGCCCAUGAGCACGAUGGAGAACUCCACCGAGGCCGCGGGGCCGGGCGAGAGCAAGGAGGACAUGUUCACCAAGCUGAGGGACAAGUUCAUGAACGAGCUCAACAAGAUCCCCCUUCCUCCCUGGGCCCUCAUCGCCAUCGCGGUGGUCGCCGGACUCCUCAUCCUCACCUGCUGCUUCUGCAUCUGCAAGAAGUGCUGCUGUAAGAAGAAGAAGAACAAGAAAGAGAAGGGCAAAGGCAUGAAGAAUGCCAUGAACAUGAAGGACAUGAAGUCAGGCAAUCAGGAUGAUGAUGAUGCAGAGACGGGUCUGACAGAGGGGGAAGGCGAGGAGGAGGAGAAGGAGCCAGAGAACCUGGGCAAGCUGCAGUUCUCACUGGACUACGAUUUCCAGGCCAAUCAGCUGACGGUGGGGAUCCUCCAAGCUGCUGAACUGCCAGCUUUGGACAUGGGGGGCACCUCAGACCCCUAUGUCAAGGUGUUCCUGCUGCCCGACAAGAAGAAAAAGUACGAGACCAAAGUGCAGAAGAAGACCCUCAACCCUGCCUUCAACGAGACCUUCACCUUCAAGGUGCCCUACCAAGAACUGGGUGGGAAGACGCUGGUGAUGGCCAUCUACGACUUCGACCGCUUCUCCAAGCACGACAUCAUCGGGGAGGUGAAGGUGCCCAUGAACACGGUGGACCUGGGCCAGCCCAUCGAGGAGUGGCGGGACCUGCAGAGCGGCGAGAAGGAGGAGCCAGAGAAGCUGGGAGACAUCUGCAUCUCUCUCCGGUACGUGCCCACGGCCGGGAAACUCACUGUCUGCAUCCUGGAGGCCAAGAACCUGAAGAAGAUGGAUGUUGGGGGUCUCUCAGAUCCCUACGUGAAGAUCCACCUGCUGCAGAAUGGCAAGAGGUUGAAGAAGAAGAAGACCACAGUCAAGAAGAAGACCCUGAACCCCUACUUCAAUGAGUCCUUCAGCUUUGAGAUCCCCUUCGAGCAGAUACAGAAAGUGCAGGUGGUCAUCACGGUGCUGGACUACGACAAGCUGGGGAAGAACGAAGCCAUCGGCAAGAUCUUCACGGGCUGCAACUCCACGGGCACGGAGCUGCGGCACUGGUCCGACAUGCUGGCCAACCCCCGGCGGCCCAUCGCCCAGUGGCACUCGCUGAAGCCCGAGGAAGAAGUAGAUGCAGCUCUUGGGAAGAACAAAUAGGCGGCUCUGGCGGCCGGCGCGGCACUGCGGACAGUCCAGAGCUCCGAUACCUCAGUCCUGCAAAACCUCCCGUCUCAGUGUUUUUUGGUUUUUUUUUGGUUGUGUUUUAAGCUGGAACGCCCUUUUGACGGCUCUGGAAGGGUUUCCAGGCAGUCCCAUAGCUUCCCAGGGGAAGAGGUUAAAAAGACACGGAUGGUUCUUUUCGUUCUUCGGCACCGCUCCCUUCGUGCUGCAUGUCCUGCUCGCCGUCCCCCACCACUGCAAAGCCAUGCCUGGGACCCUCCCCGGCAGCCACGUCACCAGCUUGCAGCGCUGCUGCUGCCAUCCUUCCCUCGGGAUCAUGUGGGGAACCAUGGAACGUCGCAUGGAGGUGAUACCAGAGACUGAUGGUGUGGAGUGACUGGACCCACCGUGCUUGCUCGGGUUGUGAUCAGCUGUGGGACGGCAAAACAGUGGAGAAGACCCUCUGGAAAGAGCCAGGUGCCUCCCCCUGGUCUCCCCCAGGGAUGGCUGAAUGCCCCUGGUCAGCUCCAGGUUUGGUUGCUCUGGGGAGAGGUUUGCAGGCGGUCCCCUCUGUGGCUGGUGUGGUGCUGAGCCCUUGGGUGUUGCAACUGGAGCUGUGGGGGCCUGUCUGAGCACAGGGAGCCCCGAGGGGGGCUGCUUUGAGGAGACACGUGGAUGUGGAUGCACCAUCAGUGUCAUGUCAGUCGCCACUACCUCCACCUCCACUGCAUCCUCAGAGGCCAAGCAAGGGCAGUGCUGGGUGAUUUGCAUCUGUUUCACCAUGCUUGGUGAAACCUGUAGGUCAAGAUGCUUCCACAAGGCAGGUUUAUUGUGCUGAGAGGUCUCCGAAUGUGGCGAGGGCAGCCCCCCAGAGCAGUGCCAGCUGCCUCCCCAAAGCCCAUCCAUCGUGUGUCCCCUGGGCUCAGCCCCACUGUGGGCACCCCAGCACAGCCUGGGGGCAGCUGGGGGGGCUUUGGGGAGCUCCAGUCCCACCACUGCAGCCCACCUGAUGCAGGGGGCAAGAGUGAGCCCAGGGCCAACAAGGGACCAAAGCCCCUGCCCCCCACAAGUUUCUGCUCCCCACCGGACCAUUGGCUGCUGAAUCUACUCCAUCCUGCUCCCUCCAGGGGGUUUAAGCCAUAUCCGUGUCCCUCACAGUGAGGAAGAGCCUCUCUGGGCCACCUCUCCCACUGUCAGACCAAGCCCCUGAGCUGGAAAGCCAACAGUGUUCCCUGUAGCUGGGAGAGGAUCCAGCAGCCCUGCCCAGUUCAGACCAGUCUGUACUGGAGCUCUGACAUGAGGUGGUGUCCCCGUCCCAGCUUUGACUCCCUGCCACGGUCACAGCUCCACUUGGCUUCUCUGGACUGGGUUUUGGGGGUUCUGCCACGGUGCAGCAGUGAAGGGUGUUGCUGCAAUGGAGCUGAGCCCUGGGGAUGUCCCAGCACUGGGGACACUGCUCUGGGGGUCCAACAUCUGGGCUGGGACCUUGGUGCAGGGUGUUCUGAGUCCGGGGACAAAGUGCCAAAGCUGAGCUCAGCCCAGUGCUGUCGGAUGCUUCAGCAGCUCCCACAGCUCCCGGAUCCAAAAGGGCAUCCUGGCCUGGCUGGAGGUGGGGAGAUGAUGGAAAAUUUGGUGGCAGCCACAUCUCAGGGGGUUCAGAUGGACACAGGGAUUGGCCCUUGCCCCUGGAGGGAUGUGCAGCUCUGGGACAAGUUCCCAGGGAAGGAUGGCUCCACCCUUGGGAGCUUUGGGCUCGGAUAACCAAGCUGCAGUGGGGGUGGAUGUUGGAUGGACCUCCAACAACCACCUCCACCACCACCAUGGCUGCACUUGGCUCAUGCCCUGGUGAAAGUGGCACCAGGGUCGCACCAGGGUCACACCAGGUUUGAAGGGGUCAUCGAGCAAUUGGUCCCACAAGGCCAUCUCCGGCUUUAAUUAGUCCCUUUUCCUAAUCAAUGUGUCAGCGUCAGCAAAUGGGUCUUGCCCUGCUCCUGUAGCCAAAGGGAGAAGUCUCAGGCUGCUUUUAAUUAAAGGGGAGUUGGGAGGUGAGGAUGCCCCAUGGCGAGGAGCACUGGCUGGAUUCAGUCUCACCUUGGGGUCCAUUCAGCCACUGGUUGGGGAGGGUGGAGUGUUUGCCUUACAUGGAAAUGUGUUAAAAAAGAAGAAAUCUGAGAGAGCACUGAAAUCCUUCUGUUGGCAGUCAGAGAGUGUGCACAGCCCUGCAGCCUCCCCUGGGGAGCAGGUGGAGGUGUGCACACCUGUACACACCUGUGCACACCUGUACACCUGCACACCUGUACACCUGCACAGCUGUACACCUUCACACCUGUACACAGCUGUACCCACACACACCCCACCAUUCAUCCCCCUCCUGUGCACCCCCAUCCUCACCCCUCCACCCCCAGACCCACCCCAUUGUCCAGGGUCUCACCAGGAGCGGAGAUCCCACCUGACUGCUUUCCAUUCAGACUCUCUAAGCCUUGUGGGGGCGGAGGGGGGAGGGAGAAGACUAUGACUUUAAUACAUAAUUUUUUUUUUUUAAUAAAAAGGGGAAAACCAACCAACGUAUUGAAGCCAUCUGCGCUGCCUCUGAACCCCCCUUUCCCCUCCCCGCCCUUAGCUGUGUGUAGGUAAAAUAUAUGGAGACAUAGCUGUAAAUACCACGAGCAGUGCAUGUGAUGCAGCCACGUAGCAGUAGCAGCAUGGCCCCAGCCCGGCGCUGCCACCGCCCCCGGCACCGCCGUCCCCACCUCCGGCCUCCAGCGAGGGAGGACACGGCGACCGACGAAACUCAUCGCUCGAGAGCUCUCCACCGCCCUGGUUAUUUUGUCCCCCCGAACAAAAGGAAAAACAAACAAACAAACCAAUAAAAUCAUGUAAAAGAAGAAAAUAAUGCCAAGAAGCAAAGCAUGCCAAGCCCGGCCCGCCAGCGGAGCCGUCACCGAUGCAGCCCGUGACAUCCACGUGUGUCUUGUUCCUGUACUUCGUCGCGUUUGUCCCAUGGCCGGGUAGCGGCAACAUCGUGGCUUCCGUGUCCUGUGUCGCGUUGUUGGUGCAUUUCACCGUCAGAGCAACUUUAGAAGCCAUAUAAGAGCACGGUGCGCCGGGACCCCGCGGGGGCGGCCCCGCGGCGAGCCGUGACCUCCUUCCCCCCGUGUGUGUCCACCGUCCCCCCCGGUUUCGUGGGGCUCAGGCUGCCAGGACGAGCCGCAUCGGCCACCGCCUGGGUGGCCACGGGUGCCGCUGCCACAGCGGGCGAGGGGACGGGGCCGACCUGCCGGGGGCAUUUCUGUGAUGGAAAAGCUGGUUGGUGAAAAGGCUUUUCGGAGCAGUAUGGGUUACAUCUGCCACGUCCAGUCAGGUGGUUUCUGGUUUGGGGCAUGAGAACUGGCAUUUCCCCUCUCCUGGCUGCCCCGCGGAGCAAACCCAGCUGUGCCACGGAGGUGCUCCGGGGGUUAAAAGGAAGAGAAGCCGCCAGUCUUGGCCACAGGCUCUGCUUUCUUUUCCUUUUCCCCCCUCAAACUGGAAGGGAGGAGCCAGCUCCUUUGGGAGAGCAGACUCGGCCAUUCCUGCACCCCCAGUGCCGGCCCCGCUCUGCCCCGGCCCGGCCCCGCAGCGCUCGGCUCCGGCGGAAGCUGCUUUUAACGCCCCUUCCCCUCGUGUGGACUCUGUCGUUCCCGUCUCUGAUCGUUCGAUGGUUAUUUUGUAAUGAUCUCUGUUUCCUUAUUAAAGAAACGAGCUGAAAGGA